GACGAGCGACGUCGAUCAAGCAACCACAUCGGUCGAGUCGGUGGUGAAUCGAUACGACUCGCUGGAGGCUUUAAUUGAAUCCUGAUUCCUUCAGAAGGGGCAGUGUUGCUUCAUUCUCUGCAUUGCGCUACGCUGCGGUGCUAAGCAUCUUUUCUUCGGCGCCCCGUCGAUCCCUUUACCUUUUUCCCUGAUACCACCUCCAUCACCGUCGUUCGAUCCACGACUCACCUAUCAUCAUGGAGUCCUCUCGCGGCCCUCCCAGGGUCAAAAACAAGGCCGCCGCGCCGGUCCAGAUCUCAGCGGAGCAGCUGCUCCGUGAGGCAGUCGACCGACAAGAGCCCGCGUUGCAGGCGCCCACGCAGCGCUUUGCGGAUUUGGAAGAACUGCACGAAUACCAGGGUCGCAAGCGCAAGGAUUUCGAAGACUAUGUACGACGAAACCGGAUUAAUAUGAACAAUUGGAUGCGCUAUGCCGCAUGGGAACUCGAGCAGAAGGAAUUCCGACGAGCGCGAUCGAUUUUUGAGCGAGCACUGGAUGUCGACCCGACCUCGGUGAUAUUGUGGAUUCGAUAUGUCGAGGCUGAGAUGCGAAACCGAAACAUCAACCAUGCUCGGAAUUUGUUCGAUCGGGCUGUGACGAUUCUGCCGCGUGUGGAUAAGCUCUGGUACAAGUAUGUCUAUAUGGAGGAGACUUUGGGCAACAUUCCGGGUACCCGCCAGGUUUUUGAGCGCUGGAUGUCGUGGGAGCCAGAGGAAGGUGCCUGGAGUGCGUAUAUCAAGCUUGAGAAGAGAUACAGCGAGUUUGACAGGGCGCGGGCAAUCUACCAACGGUUCACAAUUGUUCAUCCUGAGCCGAAGAACUGGAUCAAAUGGGCUCGAUUUGAGGAGGAGUAUGGAACAAGUGACUUGGUGAGAGAGGUUUAUGGAGCUGCGAUUGAAAUGCUGGGCGAAGAUUUCAUGGACGAGAAACUCUUUAUCGCGUACGCCAAGUUCGAAGCCAAGCUCAGGGAGUAUGAACGUUCCAGAGCCAUUUACAAGUAUGCUCUUGAUCGACUUCCUCGGUCCAAGUCUAUGACCCUACACAAGGCAUAUACGACGUUUGAAAAGCAGUUUGGCGAUCGGGAAGGCGUCGAGGAUGUGAUUCUCUCCAAGCGCAGAGUUCAAUACGAAGAGCAACUCAAAGAGAACCCCAAGAACUACGAUGUCUGGUUCGACUUUGCACGGUUGGAGGAAACCUCGGGCGAUCCGGAACGGGUCCGGGACAUAUACGAACGGGCGAUUGCACAGAUCCCGCCAUCACAAGAGAAGCGACACUGGCGACGAUACAUCUAUCUCUGGAUCUUCUACGCUCUGUGGGAAGAGAUGGAGAGCAAGGAUGCGGCGCGUGCACGACAGAUCUACCAAGAAUGCUUGAAACUGAUUCCGCACAAGAAGUUUACAUUUGCCAAGAUCUGGCUCAUGAAAGCACAGUUUGACAUUCGACAGAUGGACCUGCCGACGGCGCGGAAGACACUGGGCCAGGCGAUUGGCAUGUGUCCCAAGGACAAGCUCUUCCGGGGCUACAUUGAUCUGGAGCGGCAGCUGUUUGAAUUCUUGCGGUGCAGGACACUGUAUGAGAAGCAGAUCGAAUGGAACCCGUCCAACAGCCAGUCAUGGAUUCAGUAUGCCGAGCUGGAACGGGGGCUGGAUGACACGGAACGUGCAAGGGCCAUCUAUGAGCUGGGAAUUGACCAGCCGAGCCUGGACAUGCCCGAGCUGGUGUGGAAGUCUUAUAUUGACUUUGAAGAAUACGAAGGCGAGUAUGAACGCGUGCGCGCACUGUACGAACGUCUUUUGCAGAAGACCGACCACGUCAAGGUGUGGAUCAACUACGCACGAUUCGAAAUCAACAUUCCGGACGAGGAGGAGGAGGAAGAAGAGGAAGAAGAACGGCCGGUCAGCGAGGAAGCGAAAGUACGCGCCCGGGCAGUGUUCAAUCAGGCCCACAACGUAUUCAAGGACAAGGAACUCAAGGAAGAGCGGGUGGAACUGCUCAACGCUUGGCGAUCGUUCGAACACACGCACGGGACGCCGGAGGACAUCGACAAGAUCGAGAAACAGAUGCCUCGGCGGGUCAAGAAGCGACGCAAGCUGGACGACGACCGCUACGAAGAGUACAUGGACUAUGUGUUCCCGGCGGACGACCGAUCGGCCGCGAAUCUAUCCAAGUUGCUCCAAAAGGCGCACCAAUGGAAGCAGCAAUCGGCGGGCCAGUAGGAGUCGAUUGGUGGAUGCAGAGUUUUAUUGUGUAUUAUGUGUUGAUCGAAUGGGAGAAGUGCAAAAUGCAAAUUAUGUGGACAAACUGAGGUGAUAAGAGGAUGUCGUAAGACAGACUGUAAGAAGUAGAUUGGCGCGGAGACAGCCUGAGGCAUCAACCAGAUUGAGUCAGGCAUCCGCACGAGAUCAUGCCAUGCGCUAGGCCGAAAGUGGCUAGUGUGGGAGGUGGAGAUGUUCUCGAAGGUGAUGAAUCCUGGCCAAUCAGAAGACGAGCUCGGCAACGGCUCUCCACUGAUCAUUUGAAUGUGGGAUUGCCGAUAUUGUUCAUAUUCAGGUUUAUUAUUAUUAUUAUUAUU